AUGUGUCCCUACGCCUCAUUGAAAGCAUCCCUGGACGUCCGAACUACACACACCGACGACGGCGGAACCCAAAGUCCUGGAUUCUUCUCAAAGAAAUUCGAGGCCCGCAGCAUGACACUCACCGGAUAUGCGGCCAUGAUUGGGAAAUCCUCCGUCCGAGCAAAUACUGCAGCACCCUUCUCUGACGUACGCAGUGGCGUCUUCUUGCAGUGGAACCCAUCGCAAAAUGGAUUCUCCGGUGACCUCACGGGCUUGUCCGAGGGUAUCGUGUCGCUUUACAGGACGGAGUUGUUCCACCCAUCAAUCUCGGGAUCAAUUCCAAACGAAAAGAUAUACUGGUGA